AUGGACUUUCAUUAGUAGGACAGCGAUUUAUUAACAUCAAAACUAACCAAUCAAAAGGCAUAAGAAUUGGUUUCUUAAGGUUUAGGCGUAUAAGAACAAAGUGAUUGCAGCUAUUCUUCUUAGCAUUCUUGUUCUGUAAUUAAUACAGACUUAAUUUUGAUAGAGUGAACACAAUAGUAACAGGAACAUCAAUUUAAAUAAGAGUUCAUUUAAGAAAGUUAGUAAAAGCACUAUGGAUCUAUAGAACUUGACAAGCAAACAUGCAUAUAUUUGUGCUUAAUAUAAUUUUCUAGGCUAUUGUUUAUAAGAACAUUGCAAGUAUUCUUUAAAAAAUUACUUUUAGGAAAAGACAUGUUUUUAUUUCUGAAAAAGAUGGAUUAAGUGAGCUCAUAUCAGAUAACAUUGAUCUCAUUGAUAGUCUCACUAGUAGUGGAAAAAAACUCAAAUUGUCUCAAUCUACAUAUAAAACAUAGCUAUCUAAAUAUAAGAAAUGCAAAUCUAAUAAUUAGGAAAUUUUGGAAGAAUUAGAAUUGAAGAUCGCAGAUUAAGAAUAAAUUACAUUUGGUGAUUUUUCUUUAGGAAACUUAUGGAAUUUCAAUGAUUUGUAAUUUUCAGCAGAUAAAAUAUAAUCUUAACUAGAUUUCAAUACUAAUUCCCAAAUAAAAUCUAUCAAUAGUUUGAUAAAACCAAAACCAUUGGUGGAUUAUAAAUAGGCAUCAGAUAUUUUAGAGAAUUCUACAUCUCCUCUUAAUAUUUCUUAUGAAAUCAAAAAAAAUCUCAUGUUUAAACUUAAAUCAGAUAUUGAUAAAAUGUAAGAAAAAAUAAAAAUAAUCACUAUGUUAAAAAAAUGGAUUAAUAAUUAAUAGGUUGAUUUCAAUGAAUACAUAACUUUACACUCUUCACUCUCACAGAUAUAAUAAAUACAUUAUUCUAAUUUCCUUCGAAUUACAAAUAUGACAAUACCAAGUAAAAUAUUAUCAAGCUUUUAGAUUAAUUCAGUUUCCAUGAAUAGUUUCAAACCAUAUAAAGUGUUUAAUAAUGA